AUGCGGAGGGAUAAAGAGUAUGUGGGCUUCGCCACUCUACCCAACCAGGUGCACAGGAAGUCUGUCAAGAAGGGCUUUGACUUCACCCUGAUGGUGGCAGGAGAGUCUGGCUUGGGAAAGUCCACUCUGGUGAACAGCCUGUUUCUCACGGACCUGCACAAGGACAGGAAACUACUGAAUGCUGAAGAGCGGAUCAGCCAGACGGUGGAGAUCACCAAGCACACCGUGGACAUCGAGGAGAAGGGGGUGAAGCUCAAACUGACCAUCGUGGACACGCCUGGCUUUGGGGACGCCGUCAACAACACAGAGUGCUGGAAGACGAUAACGGACUACGUGGACCAGCAGUUUGAGCAGUACUUCAGAGACGAGAGCGGCCUCAACAGGAAGAACAUCCAGGACAACCGCGUCCACUGCUGCCUCUACUUCAUCCCCCCGUUUGGCCACGGCCUGCGUCCCGUGGACGUGGAGUUCAUGAAGGCCCUGCAGGAGAAGGUCAGCAUCGUGCCCCUCAUCUCCAAGGCCGACUGCCUGACGCCAACGGAGAUACGCAGGAUGAAGGACAGGGUGAGGGAUGAGAUUGAGCAAUUUGGGAUCAAGGUGUACCAGUUUCCAGACUGUGAUUCUGACGAGGAUGAAGAGUUUAAGCAGCAGGAUCGGGAACUGAAGGAGAGCACCCCUUUUGCAGUGAUUGGGAGCAACACUGUGGUCGAGGCAAGAGGCCAGAGGGUCCGAGGCCGACUCUACCCCUGGGGCAUCGUGGAAGUGGAGAAUCCGUCCCAUUGUGACUUUGUGAAGUUGCGAAACAUGCUGAUCCGCACGCACAUGCACGACCUGAAGGACAUCACCUGCGACGUCCACUACGAGAACUACAGAGCGCAGUGCAUCCAGCAGAUGACCAGCAAGCUGACGCAGGACAACCGCGUGGAGAGCCCCAUCCCCAUCCUGCCCAUCUCCACUCCGGACGUGGAGACGGAGAAGCUGAUCAAGAUGAAAGACGAGGAGCUGAGGAGGAUGCAGGAGAUGUUGCAGAAGAUGCAGCAGCAGAUGCACGAACAGGACCUGUGAGAAGACCUCAGUGACCAGAUGCACUGACCAGCCCCAUCAGAGGACGUUGGUGACGAUGACGAGGUGUACAAGCUGGGACCGGAGAAGUUUGAAUCGGAGAGAUGACCAAAGCAGCGGAGAUCAACAGAUGUCGGAGCAGAGAGGAAUAACAGCCAGGGAAAAAUGUGCUCGACACACCAUGGAGAAAACACAUACAGUACAUUAGCAUAAACACACAGCCAAGGAAGACACACUGGACACACCAUGUGCAAAAUACACACAUUAUGCAUAAAUACACACAGUCAAGGAACACACCUGACACACCGUGCAUAAACUAUAGGCACUAUGCAUACACAUACACAAACACGCACACACACAUAAUUACAGUCACACUGCAGGAUAUUCUCUUUUUACAGAGCAAACACUAUACACUACGCACAUAUUCAGUCAAUUUCACAUGGAAAACAAACCUCUGUAUUUCCAUAAUACACUGGAAACAGACACACUCACACUCACAAACACAAAACUUGCACGCACACACACACACACACACACACACACACACACACACACACACAUCCUGGAUAGACAUCAAAAACCGCAAACAUUACUCAACAUCCAAGGAGUUGACUGUAAACAAACACCACACCACUCUGUGCUUAGAAAGAGACAGUCAACUCAAAGCACACACACACACACACACACACACACACACACACACACACACACAUACACCUUAUCAGUUAUUUAUUGAUUGCUUUUGCACAUGAGUGGAGUUGUGUUAGACUAGAGAAUGGAAUGACACUUCCAAUGUGACUAUGUUUGUGAUUGCACUGCUGCCCUAGGUGUGCAGAUUACAGUUUUCUAUUUAUGCUUUAGUUUAGACUUGUUUUAGAUUUGUUCGACUUUUAGAUGUUAUUUUGUGGUAGCACACAGUAGUGUAGUACAUAGAGGCUGUGUGCGUGUGUGUGUGUGCGCGCGUGAGAGAGAGAGAGAGAGAGAGAGAGAGAGAGAGUGUAUGUGUGUGUGUGUGUGUGUGUGUGUGUGUGUGAGAGAGAGAGAGAGAGAGAGAGAGAGAGAGAGAGAGAGUGUGUGUGUGUUGCACUUGUUGAAGAGAGUGGGGCCAUAUAGCAUACUACUAUGGUGGAGAUUUUCAAAACUGCAACAGUAACUGGAGCAAACCAAACAUGUAGCAUGAGUCUCCCUCCUUGUCAUGAAGGUGUGUGUCAGCUCAAAGCAUUUUGUAACACUUUUUAUAAUUUUUCUACUUGAGUAGUUUAAUUUAUGUAUGUGUGUAUUUAAAAGUUUGGUAUAACCUUAGGUACAAUGUACUUACCCAAGCUGAACAACAAGGGGUUUAAUACAAUUUGCUUUUCAUGUAAGAACAUGCUAUGACUACCUACUCCACCAUACACUGCAUUGACAUUCAAUCACUACUGACUUACAUGAAAGUGUAUUCUAUUGUAAUUAGUAUGGUUUAAGGAUAUUGUAUCACUAAGACUUCUGAACAAAGUGUAAUCAAUAGUUAUACUUCAGUAAUUUAAACAUGAUAUUGGAGUCAAUCUUUUGACUUUAUAAAGGCCAUAUUUAAAAAAAAAAAAUCAAUAAUGUAAAACCCACACUACUGGACCAUGCUAUUUAAGAUAACCUAACAUAUUAAUUUAUUAUUUUGUCUGUUUAUUAGCCUUGCUGUUGUGAUAGAACGAGAUUAGGGGAGUAAGGCCUACACUUUAGUCUUGUUCUGUAUGUGCAUAUUUCUGUGUUAUUUAUUUAAGUAUUUUAUUAUUAAGUAUGCUAUUUUCAUUCCAUCUAAAUCCCGUUGGCCUAUUUCAGUUAAUUGUAGGCUACUCUCAGUUGCUCUAGCCUGCUAUGUAAUAUGGGGCUGAUAUUCUGUACUUACGGCAUGUCGCAAUCAUCAGUGCAAAUUCACUAGUAGCCUAGGCUACGCCUGUACAAGAUACAAUCUUUACUUGCAAGUUCCUUUUACUUUAACUUAAUUGUAAGGCAUGACUUCACAACUUUAUGUUUUGGUAUGCUGUCUUCUUCCCUUGUUUCUGCCUCUCUCACUAAAGACUACUUUGCAAUAUCAACUGGUGUCUUCAU